CCUUAAGUCAGCACACAUUCCUCAUAGAGAUCUGUAGCGAAGGUACGUGACAGCUCUGCCUACAUCUUACGUCCAGAGUAAUUUACAAGGAAUGUGUGUUUGUGUUGAAUCACCAGAAUUCUUCGUAGGGGUUAAGCUAAAAAGCGAGGAGAGGAGCCCCUCUCCAACGGCUCAGUUUUGCUGAAUAAUCACGUGUGAAUCGAGGGGCGGGCUUUUGGCAGGCAGAUCUUACUAGUAUUUACUACCAAGCUCUACUCCAGAAGAUUAACCAUCCCAGUCCUUCUGUCAGUCUCCGAUGCCAUCAUGCAGCCUGGUUAGGAGCAAAAGAAAGGAGAGAAAGGAAAACAACUAAUUCAUCUUUUCCCGAUCGUCAGGACCCUAAAGAAUGGCCGAGCCUUGGGGGAACGAGUUGGCGUCCGCAGCUGCCAGGGGGGACCUAGAGCAACUUACUAGUUUGUUGCAAAAUAAUGUAAACGUCAAUGCACAAAAUGGAUUUGGAAGGACUGCGCUGCAGGUUAUGAAACUUGGAAAUCCUGAGAUUGCCAGGAGACUACUACUUAGAGGUGCUAAUCCCAAUUUGAAAGACCAAACUGGGUUUGCUGUCAUUCAUGAUGCGGCCAGAGCAGGUUUCCUGGACACAAUACAAACUUUGCUGGAGUUUCAAGCUGAUGUUAAUAUUGAGGAUAAUGAAGGGAACCUGGCCUUACACUUGGCUGCCAAAGAAGGCCAUCUCCCGGUAGUGGAGUUCCUUGUGAAGCACACUGCCAGCAAUGUGGGGCAUCGGAACCAUAAAGGGGACACCGCCUGCGACUUGGCUAGGCUCUACCGGAGGAACGAGGUUGCUAACCUCUUGGAGGGAACUGGGGCAGGAGGAGCUGCGAAUCUGCAAUGAAUAUGGGGAGAGCUAUCCCACACACUCUUUCAGCUAAUCUGAUAGCUAUCCAGACUAUUCUAAUAUUUGGUAAAAUUCUGCUUUGUCAUAUUUGAAGUAACUAGUUAAAUCUCUUGAAAUGGCAUAAUCGGAAAUUGUACUACAGGUUUUUAUUUAAGCAACUUCUUUUUCACCUGCAAAAUCUUGAGUUCUAACAUGUAAUUGACAAUAGCUUUGGCUUUCUUAGGGAUAUUUUAUCUUUGUCUUUUCCCCUGCUCCUCCCUUUGUCACACUUAUGACUCAACUUGGAGACUUUGCUUUUAAAAUGUGGUUUGUCCUAUGCUUCAUUUGCCCUAUUAAAACACUUUUCAAAACAGAAC